AAUAAUGUAGAUAAGAUAAUUAAUUUAAUCAAUUAAUCAUUAAUUAUAUAAUAUGAUUCCUGUAAGCUGGGCCACACCCUUACCAAAUUCAUAUUUUUGUGUUAUUAUUCUCUUCUUUCUUUCAACUCAACUCUUCUUUCUUUGCUGUUCCCACUUUGGUUUUUUCUUCAGACUCUUUAAGUCCUUGUUUUUCAUGGUUUAGCUUGGAUUCUGAGUGGAUCUACUUUGAUUUUACUCUCAAAGUUCAGCCUGUUGUGGUGUGGAAAUGAUCAUGAAACUUGUUGAAUUUCAUCUUCUAGAAAAAAAUUGAGAGGUUUGAUUUCACAUUUAGAGGAGGAUCUGUUUCUGAUAAUCUAAAGUUUUUGUCUGGUGCUGUUUGGUUGCUUGAAGACCGAUUUUUCUGGAGAUAUUUGAAAGUACAAAGAUGGGUUCUUUUUGCUGCUGUCCAUGUAUUGAUGAAUUAGAAGAGUACACUAUUCCGAGCGGUUCAUUAUAUCGUCACUGCAUAUGCCUAAGGUUUUUCUUCCACCAGCUAUUCAAUGGGUAUGGUGCAGUGUUUCAUAGACUUGAAGGUCGAUCUAUACCAUCAUCAAACCAAGGAGCUACAUCUUUGGCGUCAUCAGGGAUUGCAGCCGCUUUACCUGAUAAUUCUCCCAAUGAUUCUCAGCUCUCAUUGUCAAGAUCAAUUCCCUAUGAUAGUGAACAGAGAUACACUCGCUUGCAGCGUGAUGGCUUGGUCUCUAGGCGUGACAAGUCAAUGAUUCAUUUUCAAGAAGAUACACAACCACCAAGAAGAAAUAUGAGCAGUUCUGGUACAGAAUCGUUGGGUUUUGGGAAGAAACAGAAUGGAGUUGAUUUUGAAGAAGAUUCUAAACUUAUCCAUUCUGAGUCCUCAGAGAAAGCUUUAGCAACUAAAUUUGUGUUUGGCGAUUAUCUACAAACAUCUGCUGAAGAUGAAGAUGUCUGUCCUACUUGUCUUGAUGAAUAUACUCCUGAAAAUCCUAAAAUCACAACAAGGUGUUCCCACCAUUUUCAUCUGGGUUGUAUAUACGAGUGGCUGGAAAGGAGUGAAAGCUGUCCAAUAUGUGGCAAGGAAAUGGAGUUCUGCGAAAGCCCUUAACCUUUGUUUACGUGAUUUCAAAGCUAUGGAGCUACUACAUAUAUAGAGAGGCCAGUAGAAUCUGUAAAUAAAAAGUCGGUUCUCGUUCUAAACAUACUCGUGCAGAGGAAAGCAAUUUUUCUUUGUACUAGCUCCUACUUCUUAAUAAUUAUUCCUCUGUUCUGUAUGUAGUGGUUUUAUGUACAUCCUAUCUUUUAGUUUAGAACUUAUCAAUGAAGGUCAUCCUAUAUCAACUGAUUGUAACGUAAUCGCAUUGGAAUCAUAUUGAUGAUGCUCGAAAACAGUAGUCUUUCAAGUUUGCA